UUUUUGACAUAAACUAAAAUUCUUAAAAUUUUGCAAGUGAAUCACACUAUUAAAGUUAAACUAGCUCUUUCCACCCUCCAAAUAUUAUAGCAAAAUUAAUGAAAAUUAAUGAAACGAAAAUGCGUUCUCAAUGUUUCACUUUUACACAGUCACACGUGCAACUGGAAUUUGUUUGCUUUGUAUAAUUUGAGUCGCAGCAUACACAGGUGGGGUAACUAAUUAUGAUUAUUGAGGCAAAGUGUUAAGCGUUUUUAGAUUGACGUCAACAGCGUGAUCGGUGAGUGUGGAUUCGUUUCUCCUCUGAUUUCUGCCAGAGGAUUCCAAUGGUUAGUCGAUAAUACUGCUAAUAAUUUUAUUUGAAAGAAAGAAAGAAAAGAAAAAGUAAUGGAGAGGCUAGUAGCAGUGAUAGCAGGAGUUAUGCAGGUCUUAAUAGCAAGCGCCGCUUCAUACUCCGAUCAUCAUCUGCUCUCUCGUAUUGCUUUCGGAUCUUGUGCCAACCAAAGCGCUCCUCAGCCCAUUUGGGACGCCAUUAACAAGUUUGAUCCCCAAGUAUUCAUAUGGCUGGGUGACAACAUAUAUGGAGACAUUAGACGGCCUUUCAAGAUUCUGGGAAAGGAAAGGACGAUAGGCCCAUGGAAGAAUGUUCCCAGGUUCGUCCCUUCCUCUCACUCCCAAAUGCUCUCCAGAUACAACAUAGCUAAGAACAUUCCCGGUUAUUCUCGUCUUCGCGCCAAUGCUAAGGUCAUUGGUACUUGGGAUGAUCAUGAUUAUGGACUCAAUGAUGCUGGCAAAGAAUUUCCUGCUAAAACUACUAAUCAGCGGCUUCUUCUUGAUUUCUUAGAUGAACCCCAAGACAGUCCUAGGCGCAAGCAGGCUGGUGUUUACGCAUCUUAUACAUUUGGUCCUCCAGGUAAACAAGUCAAGAUUAUCCUUUUAGAUACUCGGUAUCACAGAGAUCCUCUGUCUAGUGAUGGUACAAUUUUGGGGGCUUCACAAUGGUCAUGGUUAGGGAAAGAGUUGAGGGGUCCGCCAUCAACCAUUACCAUAAUUGGCUCUUCCGUUCAGGUUAUAUCAAAUCUUUCUGCUGCAACUGGCCCCUUGUUUUAUAUGGAGUCUUGGGGACGUUUUCCAAGAGAGAGGGAUCGCCUUUUUAAGUUGAUUAUAGAUAGUAAGAGAGAUGGAGUUUUCUUCAUAAGUGGAGAUGUUCAUUUUGGAGAAAUCACACGAUAUGACUGUGCUGCUGGAUAUCCCUUGUAUGACAUUACCUCAAGUGGGCUAACCCAAGCUGUUGAGAAGGUGCUCCCAUCGCCAUUGUAUUUCAUAGUAAGAUUUUUGGCAUGGUUUACUCCUAGUACAAUGAGAGUUAUGAGCCGCAAUUGCAGAUAUAGGUCAUGCACAUAUGGCGAACCAAAUUUUGGAGCAAUUGAGAUCGAUUGGGAUGCAUUUCCUGUGAACUUAAAAAUUCAAGUACGCGGUAUAAAUGGACUUCCUGUGACUGGUGUAGAUAUUUCAUUAUCAGAAUUGCAGGCAUGGAAUUCUACAAUUAAAGCAGGACAAGAUCGGAGACACUGCUCUCUGGAAGUGAUGUUGCCAUGGAUUGUUAGAUACCGCUUGGCUAUUCUGGUUUACUCUGUUUUAGCUUUUUUGCUUCUUGCUUUGAUGGGACUAAUUUGUGCAGUAAUAUUAGUCUGCCGGGUGUGCCUCAGAAAAUGCAAGAUCGAUUGACCUUUGUUCGACCGAGUUCAGUACAGAGAUCAUCAGAAACCAAGAAAUAGAAAUGUAGUAUCUGACAUACUAAUUGGUGUUAAGUUAAAUGCUGUAUUCCCUUUUCUGGUAUCAAUUUGAUAAUAUUAGCUUGGGAUGGUGUUAUCGGACGAGUUGGCUCACUGAACUGAUGUAAUGGAGCUUUUGAACCGGCGCCAUAUGGAUAAUGGAAAAUGAUUUAUUCAUCAAUGAAA